AUGGCAAGAAGCAAUAGACAUGUUCGGACAUUUUUGUCCCAGAUAUUUUCAGACAAAAACUAUGAACAGAAAGUAGUUGAAACUUGGGAUACCUUAGAGACCCAUUGGCUGAAGAGCCCCCCGCCGGGCUCCUUCCCUGCCCAUUUUGUUAAUCCUCUGCCUCGCCUCGCCUCGCCCAGCUGCUUGGUGGGGACGAGCUCAUUUGUCACCGAAGCGCCCCGCGUCCAGGCAGGUCGGGAUGGCAAGCGAUCCCCCGGCCCGGUGCCAGCUGCCCCCGCCUGCUUAGAGCCCCGGCGGGGAAGCUCUCUCUCCUUCGGUGCUUUGCCUCCUUCCACGGCUCGGAACAGCGAGCCGCGGAGCCAAGCAGGGGCCGCCCGGCCGCCCAAUUCCCGGUGGGGCAAGGAAGUGCCAGCCCUUGGAGCCCAGCAGUCGCUCCUGCUUGCGCGCAACUUUUCUGCGGGGGAGGGGGGACGGGACGGGCGGCGCGUCCCUGGCUUCUCCCGCGCCCUGGUGGGGCAUGUGGACAUGGCCACCGGGGACAGGAGCCCGGGGGUCUCCGUCUUCUUCGGGUGCCGGCGGCGCGUCGGGCUCCUGCUGCUCGCCGCCACCGCCGGCCUCUGCAGCGGGGUCUGGGCCGUCAAGAAUCCUAGCUGCCACGAAGUGAGGACGGCGUUUCAGAUCCGGCAGAUCGGGCCCCUCAAGCUGGUCCCCGAUGUGCCCACCACCGAAACACCUAUCAUGAAAGGUUAAGGUGGCAAACAACAGCAUUACAAAACAUGGUGUUUAAUCGAGCAUGGGAAAGACAGCACCAUUGUAUACUGGAAUCCCACAAGUGUCAUUGGAAUAGAAGAACUUGGCUUCUGAAUAGAUUGUUUAAUUUUAUGGCAUACACAGAAGUUAUUUGGGGACAUCAUGGGCAAUUAAUAUUUAUUUGUAUUGUACAAUGCCAAGCAGAGUGAAUAUUUAUCAAAUAAUCUCUGGCUGGAUAGUAACACCACAGCCUUGAUUCUUACUUGGCAAAGAGUUCUUUCCAUCUGGCACUCUUAAGUUAAAUAAAACUGCAUCUAUUCCUCUGCUUCUGAAAGGAGAUCAGUUUCUAGCAGUGAUGCCAAAUUAAUUCUCUAUUUAGUCUGAUGCAGAGAUGUUUCAUUUUGAUGUGGAAAACUCACAGUGUAGAUUCUCC